GUAAUGGUACAGUCCAAACAAAGCCUAGAGCGGGUGAAAAGCUGAACCGAGCUGGAUCUGCUGGACUAAACUGAGCCCAGAUAACCGAGAUUACAGCGCUGAGAGACACUGACCAGCGGGAAUGACCAGAACCCGAGCAGAACCCGAGCAUGCCUGAGAACAAGCAGAAAUACUUAUGGUCUGGUUUAAACCAAUGGUAGCGCUUCUGUUCUCCAGCACAGGAGCAGCAGCAGUAGUGGUGAGGAGAAAUUCACCUGUUAUGAAUAUCCAGAGUGGAAAUGGCCGUUAAACUCAGCCUGUGUUCUGGUGUUCACUGAUGGAGACAGAGAUUUGAGCUUUGUGGAGGAUGCUGAGCUUAUUUACAGCCUUUAGACUCGAGUAGUUUCUAUAUUGAGGGAACUCGAACUCCUGAAUGAACCGUGGAGCAGCAGCAGCAGGAGGAGGAGGAGGAGGAGGAGGUGGUGGAUCCAUGUAGAUGGGAAACUUGUCUUGAUCCAGUCUCAACCACCUCACCCCAUUCUUCACUUCAUCCCCCUCAUCUCCCUCUCUCCUUCUCAUAAAGCUGUACCCCUUCUCCCCCUCCCCCAUCGGUCAUCAUGACGUCCACGCCCCAGCUGCUGGCCUUUAAGCUGGCCCCACCCUCACAAGAUGGCAGCAUGGAUCGCCCAUUUAGCUGCGACGAGGAGAUCGAGCGGCGAUACGAGGUUGUCCCUUCUGUGGUUUGCUCCAUGUGCUGCCUCUUCGGCAUCAUCUACUGCUUCUUUGGCUAUCGUUGUUUUAAGGCUGUGAUGUUCCUGACCGGCCUGAUGUUCGGCUCCAUCAUUAUCUUCAUGCUGUGUUACAAGGAGAGAGUAAUGGACACACAGCUGAGCGUGGAGGCCAGCGUUGGCAUCGGCCUGGGCAUCGGCACGCUGUGUGGCCUGGUCACCAUGCUGGUGAGGAGUGUGGGCCUCUUUAUGGUGGGCUUGCUGCUGGGCCUGCUGGUAGCUCUGGCCUCGCUGGUUGUUCUGGAGGAGUUCUACCACCCGCGGACUGUGUGGCUGCCGCUGGGCGUGCUGCUGGGCUCGGGUAUGCUGUUCGCCGUGCUCACACUGCAGUGGCAGCGCUGCUUCACCACCCUGUCCACCGCGGUCUUCGGUUCAGCUGUGGUCACUGUCACAGUGGACUACUUUGUGGAGCUGUUUGCGCUGACCCGCUACAUCUACGAGAGGGUGAAGGUGGCGCCUGUUCGGUCCGUGUGCUGGUACACGUGGGUGGUGAUGGGGGUGUGGCCCGUGCUUGCUGUGCUUGGUGUCCUCAUCCAGUGGAAAGUUACAGCAGAAGGAUACUCACACACAGAAGUGUUCAUCAGUCACCAGCAGAGGCGAGUGCAGCUGAUGAAGAUCCGUCAGAAGGAGGAGAGAAGGGAGAUCAGAAAGAAAAAGAAGAACACAAAGCCGCAGAAACCUCAGCAGCAGCAACAGCAGCAGCACAAGCAGAAGCCGAAGUACCACCACCCACCCCAGACUAACCCACACCCCACCAACCCCCCACCCAAGGCCCAGCAGCCAGAGCCCACCUAUCGCAGGAAGCCCAACCCCAUACGGCGCUACGACGGAGACGUGCUCUCCCCGAGCUACAUUCAGCAUUUCCGGGACAGAAAUGUGGACAGGCGUGCAUAUUCUCAUGGCAGGUUGAUUAGUAGGUCCCAUAUGGUCGACAUGGACUACGACUGUGGCUCUCAGGUGCCUCUGACAGCCCAUACAGGCCCUGCGGCCAGAGUGUAACCCUGCCCCCUGCUGUUGAGGAGCGUUACAUCCCAACUACAUCUUCUCAAGCCCACAAUAACUCCUCUGAUUUGGAGGAUGAAGGGAAAACAUUAUUUUAUCCUGAAGAUAAAAUCCUCAAAUACUAUGGCCCUUUUCUGUUGUGUAUAAGUGGCAAAUUGGGCUCAGUUGUUUUUUUCUAAGAACCUUGUUCAGUACAAUUCUGAGUGGUAGUAGUUUCCCCUCCUACGAUGAAUAUAUGUGCUGCUGCUCAGGGUGUGUGCAUGGGUGCGUGUGUAAGUGUGUGUGUAACUCUCUGAGGCUUUUUUGGCCCAUGGUCACACUGCGCUGUCUUCUGGAACAGGCAGAGUGGUCUCAUUAGUAAGGAAGCCAUUUUAAGGAGGGGACAUAAUUCAGACUGAGCAUGGGACCAAAAGCAACGCGAUAUGUUUCCAUCCUCAUAAAGCAUUUAAUCUUCAUACCUCUCUCUUCAGUUUGGAAGAGAAAUACAGUAUGAAUAAUUAUGGUAUGCACUCUGUCAACGACACUCUGAUGUUUACAGCACAGAAAGGCCCAUCGUAAACACUGAUCUACAUUCAUUCAUCAGGACUAACGGGCAGAUUCUGUGAACUCUUAAAAGGAAGGCCUCUGUUCGUUCACUCAACGGCCAUUCAUGAAGCCUUUACUUCCAAGCAUGCGCAGUAACUGUUGUAAAACUGAUGUUGGUUCUCAGCCAAUCUAUCAUGGAAGUGAAGCUUGUUUUAGUGCUAAAUUAUAUUCAAUACAGGUAUAGCAGCUCUGUGGUGGUUUUAUGAUAAUUUGACUACACUGGCUCCUCAUUAUGUCCCAUAAGGCUUCGUUAAAAGCCUGAGACACUUGUUGGGGUGACUCCCAUUAGAGCCGAAGGGGCUGAGGCAGCGGCAGAGCCCUAAUGAUGCAGGCAGAGCUGUGAACACUUGGGGACUUUUUUAUACAGAAGAUUAAAAAGUGUCCUUGUCUACUGUGAAGGUUUUGAAAGCAGCCAAGGUAUCGAUGGAAGAUGUGAAGGAGAUUUAUAAUGGUGGGCUAGCCACGUUAAACAGGGACUGCGUGUGUGUGUGUUCGAAAGAGAUAGAAGAGAGUGAAUGACUAUCUGUGUGGGUGCAGGGUAGUAAAGGAUAAAGUGUGUGUGUAUAUGGAUAAGGGGUCAAAGUACUAAUUUAUCCUUUCUGAAUUCAGCAUUUGUUUACACCCACCCUCCUCCUCCCCCUCGUCUCUCUCUGGUGAAUGAGUAAGAGUCUUGAUUCUGAUCUCUGAAAACAGCUAAAAGGCUCAGCCUCUCUGUUUACUGUGUCUUUACCUUGCCAGUGUCCAUCAGGGGAUUACCUGUUGCUCCUGUACAUUUUGUACAUUUAGCUGAAUGCUGUACAUAUUCAUACAUGCUGUACCGUAAUACUGCUAGUGUCGUCAUCUGUCAUGUUUUUGUGUUCGUGUUUCUUUUCCUAAUCAAUUAUUGCUUAAUUAUGUCUGAAUGCAGAUUAAAUGUCAUCAUGUGUCUGUUGGGGGUAUUAUUUAUUUAUAAUUUAUUUUUAAAGGUUUUUUGGCACUUUGUCUAAAAGCAGAUUUUGGGUACUUUUGAAGUUGGCUGAAGGACAUCAAGCAGAAAAUACAAAUUUGAGCCCAUGAUCUUUGUUUUAUUAUUAUUAUUAUUAUUAUUAUUAUUAUUAUUAUUAUUAUAACUGCAUGUGUUUGUAUAAACCUUGUUAUGAUAAAAGUGCUUCUAAAUGC